GAGAGGGGAGUACACUGCUGAGGGAGCCUGUCUGCUGUCACACGUGUCUCCCCUCACCUCCUCUGUACUCCAGCUUCACAGGAGACAUACUGCACUCACCACAUCUGGACCUACAGGACGUCUAUGAGAUCUGGCCUCUCAAUCUCUACACCUCUUUUCUGAUUAACCUAAUCUACAAAGAAUCUGAUCCAAAUACAAAGCCUUCCGAGGGAAACUCGAUGGCAGAGGUUGUGGAAACACUUGGAAAGAACACAAUGAUACAUGCUGUAUGAAGUGAAAGAAAAUCCUUCCUGGGGGGGAAAUGGUGUGUUUGAAAGGCACUCUACGGGGCUCAUCGUAUCCACACUCUACGGGGCUCAUCGUAUCCACACUCUACGGGGCUCAUCGUAUCCACCCUCUACGGGGCUCAUCGUAUCCACACUCAAGGCCCCGCUGGUUGGGGAGGGACUCAGUGAUUUAGACACAGUGUCCAAUGUGGACGAGCUGGUGGAGCUGUUGUACCCAGAGUACAGUCUGGUGCAGCAUUGCCUACGUAGGAAAACCCAGCGCACCUCCACUCCUCUCCAUCCUGAAGACGACGUCUGGGCCUGGGGCAAGCCCAGGGAGGGGGCACUGUACAAGUCUGACGACGGCACCUUUGACGUUAUUCUGGAGGAGAUCCAGCGUACCAUGUGCAGUCCUCGGGAGGUGUGUCUGGAGGUGUCUAAAGAGUACCCAGAGAGCACCCGUCACUUCUACAUGCCUCGCUGUGUGUCUGUGCACCGCUGUGGGGGCUGCUGUACCCACGAGGGUCUGUACUGCACCAACACCAGCCAUACUUACAGCAACAAGACGCUGCUGGAGAUGACUCACCGUGAACAUUCUGUGGUGAUGGUGGCGUUCGUCAACCACACAUCCUGUGAGUGUCUGUCCAAGAGGCCCCAGCACUCCGUCAUCAGGAGGGCUGCUGCAGCCCACCUCACCGUGUGUUCUCCGCCAGAUGUUCCCUGCAGUACAGGACUGGUCUGGGACCCCACCAGCUGCCUGUGUGUUCCCAUGGACACAAGCUUCUUCUCCGAGAGAGAGCUGGAACCCCUGGAGUCGGCCUUGCUGGCGCUGUGUGGCCCCAACAAAGUCCUGGACGAGGACAGCUGUGAGUGUGUGUGUGAGAACGGUCUGACAGAGGCCAGCUGUGGGCCGGGCUGGCGUCUAGACCAGGCGUCCUGUGAGUGUCUCUGUGAGGACCAGCCCGCCCCGGGGACCUGCCCUCCCAACCAACGCUGGGACCCAGAGCUGUGUGGCUGUGUGUGCCGGUCAGAGUGCCCCCGUAGCCAGCCUCUCAACCCAGAGACGUGCCUGUGCCAGUGCAGGGAUAGCCCUCAGACCUGCCUGCUAGAGGGCAAGAGGUUCAACGCACACAACUGCAGCUGUUACCGGCUGCCCUGCAGAAAGCCACACAACAGCUGUCCAACAGGCUUCUACUACAGCCACUACGUCUGCCAGUGCAUACCCAACCACAUGAGGUCAGGGGAGUGGAACUGACAAAGCUGGUGUUACCAGCACUGGUGUUACCAGCACUGGUGUUACCAGGACUGGUGUUACCAGGACUGGUGUUACCAGGACUGGUGACAAACUCUAGGGUCAAUGUACUGUAACUGUAUGGUGGAAACGAGGCGGUGUGUUUGCAAUGUAAAGCCGGUAGAUGGAGGCUAGAAUUAGGGGAAUGUUUUUUUAUGAAUUCUCCUGAUAGGCCGCGAGGCUCUCCAUCGUCAGACCAGGGAACAUACAAUGAAGCACACAACGAUGCAGUCGUCUAGAUACUGCAGGUCAUGGUCUGAAUCAUGGACAUUAUUGACAUUGCCUCAGAUUCAUUAAGUGUGGCUGUUAAAAUGAAAAAAAAAAAUUCAUUCCAUAAAAUUAAAUAAUUUUUAGAUUAUCUGACAUGGAUAUUUAUUGCAAGUGACCCUGCAUCUCUCCGAGAUGACGAUGACGUAACUGGGAAGAAACGCCCUGACAUGAGAAGGAAGACAAAAGACUGAAAUGUAAAGCCCAUGCAUAUACUGUAUUGUACAAAACGUGUGACUGUAGUCAGUGGUGGCUGUGAAUGAAAAGUGUGUUUUUAAUGUCAUAUCCUAUUUGUAUUGUAUUUAAAAUACACGCUAUUGAUAAAAUAAAAUACAAAUUUGAUUGGCUUUGGUAAA